AUGCAAGACCGGGGCGCGUCCGGCAGCGGCGCACGAAGCAAGCCAACAGCACGGAGGCGCGAUGGUGCCGGCACGAAUGCCGCUGCUGACGCCUCCGUUGCGAAGAGGAAGCCGAAGACGAGGAAGCGGAGUGGGGGCGACGCAAUCCUUCCUGGUGCCCUGGACCCCUCUGUGUGUGCGAUGCCGGCUCCUCGCACGCUUUUCUCUCUGACGUCCUCCGAAGCUGGCGGGGGCGCGAUGGCGGAGCUGCAGAAUGGACCCACCGCGGCGGCCACGGUCUCUGUCCCCUACAUCUAUCUGCAGGAAUCGGCCGAGGAGCUGUUCAGCGACGUGCGCCGUGCCCUCAACGACCCGGAUCGCAUCCAAGCACCACCCCUGUUUGUCGGCGUUUCGGCCCUCACUGGCAAUACCAGCACGGCAGCGGCGCUCGCGAGGGUGGAGUCCCGCACGAACUUUACCUGCUACAGCAGCGGCGCCAAGACGGCUAAGCGCCGCGUGUCGUGCUGCUUCUCCUCCCUCGACCCCGUGCGUAGCCACCAGCACCUGGAGCUUGUUCUGAUACGGUGGAAAGACGACAUGUACGCGCUGCCGGCACAGACCGUUGGCUUGGCGUUUCUGUGCCGCGUUCUCACAGAGCUACCUGGGGUGGAGCUCAUUACCUUCAAUGCGCAGGUGCUCCUGGUGGCGCUACUCGCUUACUGCAAGGGCACAUUGUGGUCGAACUGUGUCAGCGACGUGCGCGUGAUGGCGUGGAUGGCUCAGCUGCACGUGGCAAGUACUCUGUCGAAGGCUCCUCCCGCCGUGCACGCUUUAGCGGGGGGAGGCUCCGCCGCCGCCGCGGACGGGGCGAGUGACGCGGACACGAGCGUCCUCUACGACUACAGUCAGUUGCUCCUGCACGUUUGUAGCGGGAAGCUGCCGCCGACAGUGCAGCUGGAGAACGUGAGCAACGCAGGGUGCUUCUCGCACUCAAGGACCAUUUUUGCCGAAAGCAUCGGGACUGCCGCCGCCGCCGCAACAGCAGCCCCCGCGCCGCCCCUAACGUCCGCACAGUGCCAACUAGCCCAUCAAGUGUACUACUUGGCCACUGUGUACCGCAGUCUUUACGGUUUGCUGGGCAGCAAAGGGCUCCUGCAAGCGUUCCUGCGGCAGGAGAAGCGGAUUGCGCUCCUGCUGGCGCUUCUGAAGUACAAUGGCAUGCGCGUGGAUCUGCACGAGGUUCACCGCUACGAGAAGAGCUGCGAGGCGGAGAUGGCACAGCAGCGCCGACUUGCCAGCAAACUUGUCCCGGAGCUUGGCGAGGACUUCAAUAUUCAGAGCCACGAUCAGUGCCGCAAGGCACUCUACGAGGUGCUUCAGCUGGGCAAAUACUUGCUCAAAUCCGGAAAUGGCGAAGCCGUCGGCGCCACUGGGCUCACAGUCACAAAAGGGGGGCGGCUGUCAACGGCGGAGGAUACACUGCGUGCCCUCGCCCGGCAUCACGAGUUUCCUGCGUGCUUGUUGCGCUAUCGCAAGGUGUCGAAGCUGAUGCAGACAUACGUCGAAGGGAUGAUGGGCUACGCCGUGGUGCGCUCUAGGGCACAAGCAAGCCCAGCCCCUUGUCGCGACGGCGUUAACGCUGAGGCGGGGACCAGUGAGAGCACGGAGGGGCGGCAGCAGGCGCACGACAAUGAUGAGGGCGCCAAGGCCGUGUCGCCGCUGGUUAUAAGAGAAGCGGUGGACAUGAACGACGACAGCCCGUUUGUAGAUCGCUGGCUUCACACGAGCAGCAACGGAUACGGCACUAGCAGCGCCGAGCCAAUGCCAGCACGAAACCAACGGAGCAGCCGAGAGGAUGCAAACGCGACGCCGGCGGGCGAGGUUAUUCUUCCUGCAAGGGGGUACGCCACGCUGCACCCAAACUUUCUUCAGGAAGGCACCGACACUGGACGGCUAUCCUGCGUUGAGCCGAAUCUUCAGAAUCUUCCACGUAAUGGCAUCACAGCCGCCGUGGCAGGCAAUGACGCCGAGGAGGACGGCGAUGAUGACCUCUUGGGUUUUCGGCGCUGCUUCGUUGCCGCUGGCGGAUGCGUGCUCUUGUCCAUUGACUACGAACAGAUCGAGCUACGCGUACUAGCGCACCUAUGCGGCGACGCCGCACUCGUAGAGGCACUGACGACGUCGGCAGAUAUUCACCGGGCGAUCGCCGAGGUGGUCUUCAAGAAGAAGCCCGUAAGCACUGAGGAGCGCAGUCUGGCCAAGCGCGUCGUCUUUGGUGUGCUCUACGGCGCCGGCCCCAAGACGCUUGCGACGCACAUGGGCGUUACGGUUGAUCGGGCGCUGCACAUCACCUCGUUGCUGACAAACGCCUUUCCCGGCAUCGACGCGUAUCACCGCCGCGUCGUCGAGGAAGCCCGCGCCAAUGGGUUCGUGCGCACCCUCAGCGGUCGCCUGAGGUACCUGCCGGACAUCCGCAGCACGGUGCUCUCGCGACGGUCGUAUGCGGAACGGCAGGCCUUCAACAGCGUCGUGCAGGGCAGCGCGGCAGACGUGAUGAAGAUGGCGAUGCUUGCCGUGUCAAAGGAGGUGCUGCAGCGCUACGAUCGCUCCGACGUAUCCCUGCUUUCGCAGAUCCACGACGAGAUGGUCUUCAUGGUGCGCAAGGAGCUGCUCCCGAUGGUGGUGCCGCUGGUGUCCUCAGCGAUGUCGCACGCCAUGCAGUUGCUCGUACCGCUGAGUGUGACAGCUAAGUUUGGCGAUUCGCUGGGUAACUUGCAGGAGUGGUCCGUGGAGCACGACCUAGGCGUGGUGUAG